AUGAAUCCGGCGCGUUGGUCACUUGUUCUUGUGCCCGCUCUGCUUCGAUUAGCAGCAGCGUUCGCACCCGACACAUGCGCUGCUGAUGAUGGCGGCGGACUGGGCUACAUUGUGGUGCUGCAUCAGAACCAAACGGCAGAGCAUUUCGAAUCGCACAUCCAAUGGGUCCAAGCUAUCCACGAGCAGAGCCUCCGCCAAACGGGCAGCAAGGACGGCAAUGGUUCCAAAGUCAUCAUGGACACGUUUUGCGACAACGCCAGCUUUUUCUGCGCCUACCUGGCCGAUGUUGGAAAGGACGUGAUGAGAGAAAUUGAGCGCAGCGAGGCUGUCGACUUUGUAGAGCCGGACCGCUAUGUCGAAUUCGACAUGGGGACAAAUGACGAUGAAGGCUACGACCCUUCUCAGUGGCAAUACCUGGACGAGAUGCCGCCCUCCGAGCCCGGGGACGAGGUUCCCAACGUGGACGAACCUCUUCUAUGGAGGGCCAGGUAG